CAGCUUCCUUUGGGCUCUCCUCAGCUCUUCCUGGAAGCAUUCCUGUUCCUGCAUGAACACAGAGCGCGGAAUUAAGACCGGCUAGAUAUCGUUUCAGCGUUAUUGCAUUCUCGGUCAACCCUAUCAAGCGUAGACACGUACAAUUGAUUACAGUUGGAAGCUAUGGAUUCUUCUUCUGUCCCAGUCUCGCUGCUCUUUACAAGUCCCAUUCGAAGAAAUUGGAAUGUCAAACAAUCAUAUUAAGGACACAAACAACUACUGCAAUAACAGUCUUCUGACAGACCACAGGGAGAAGCUCAUUCAGGCCAUUAAGGGAAUCAGACACGAGUGGGACGAGUGUUGGACCGAAGAGAGGGAAACGUAUAUCCAGUCUGUCUCUGUGGAGAAUGCCUUUGAGGAUUUGGAGAGGGAGGUGCGGGCGGAAUACGAAAACCUCCACCGCUUCCUGGAGACGGAGGAGCAGACGGACCGGGAGCGGCUGAGAAAGGAGAGAGAGAGAAGGGUGAAGCAGCUGAGAGAGAGGGAGCGAAAGAUUGCGGACCAGGGACGGGACCUGGAGAGGGCGAUCGACACGCUCAACAACAAACUGAAGGAAGAGGACAGUCCAAAGUUGUUGAAAGAUAUAAAAGAUCUCCUAAAAAGGUGCCAGGUGAAGUUUAUCCCCCCUCCAGCAGUCAACAGUGAGGUCCGCUCAGGCCAGUUUGUGGGUCCUCUGCAGUACAGAAUCUGGAAACACAUGAACAAGUCCCUCUACCCAAACAUUUCCUCCCUCAGCUUCGACCCUGAAACAGCCCACCCGCUCCUAUCCCUCAACUCCACCUCCACGUCUGUGUGGUUCGAGGACAAUACGGACACAGGCAAGGAGGAGGACAACCCUCGCCGCUUCAACUACUACUACUGCCUGAUGGCACGGGAGGGCUUCACACACGGCCGGCACUACUGGGAGGUGGAGGUGGGCUCUAAGACCGCGUGGAGGGUGGGGGUGGCCCGGGAGGACGUGUGCCGAGGGGAGAUGGACUCCACCUCCGUGGCCAACGGGCUGUGGACCCUGGCGCUGAAGAACGGCGUCAUCCAGGCCUGCACGGACCCCCGGCCCACCGCCGUCCCCGUCUCCGUCCAGCCCACCCGGAUCGGGGUCUUCCUGGACUGCGAGGCGGAGGAGGUGUCCUUCUACGACGCCGUCACCAUGAUGUCCCUCUUCUGCUUCUCCAUGGGCCCGCUGCUGCUCCCGCUGCGGCCUUUCUUCAACCCCUGCGACGCGGACGAGGGGCAGAACACCACCCCUCUGUCCCUGUUCAGCCCCUCGCUGUGAGAGCCCAGCGCAGCGAACUGCCGUCCCAACACCGCCCCUCUGUCCCUGCAGAACACCACCCCUCUGUCCCUGUUCAGCCCCUCUGUCCCUGCAGAACACCAGAACACCACCCCUCUGUCCCUGCAGAACACCGCCCCUCUGUCCCUGCAGAACACCGCCCCUCUGUCCCUGCAGAACACUGCCCCUCUGUCCCUGUUCAGCCCCUCUGUCCCUGCAGAACACCAGAACACCACCCCUCUGUCCCUGCAGAACACCAGAACACCGCCCCUCUGUCCCUGCAGAA